CUCCGAUGUUAAUCCUGGUGUGUUGACAUUGGACCGAGGUGCAUGUCGCAGCGAGAGUGACGAGGAAUAUUUGUUCAUCUUUUGGAUAUUAACACCGUGGAUAUUUUUGGAAAUCAUGCAGAAAUCUUGAAAUGAGAGUGUGAGAUGGUAUCACUUUCGAAAGUGAGGAUAAUUAUCACUGCCCCAUUGAUGAAUACGGCUAGAACGGGUCUCAGGAAUAGCUGCGGCUGCAUUCAUAAACACUUCUUUAGGACUCACAACAACCCCUGAGCUUUGUUUUGGGAUCACAAAACACCACAUUUCCUGUUGUGCACCUGGGUUUACAAUGGCUGAAAAGGGUAAAAUGAAUAAAGAGCAUCUCGGCGGAGUUGUCAGGCUCCGAGAGGAACACCAGAAGGUGGUGAAAGACUGUGAAAGUCGGAUGCAGCACUGGAAGAAGGUGUCAGGAGACUAUGAUACCCUGAAUAACCGGCUUAAAACUCUCCCAGAUCAGCUUUCUUAUGACAUCACGGUGCCCUUUGGCCCUCUGGCCUUCAUGCCUGGGAAGCUGGUGCACACAAACGAGGUCACUGCGUUGCUCGGUGACAACUGGUUCGCCAAGGUCUCCGCCAAGCAGGCUCAGAAGAUCGUCAGUCACAGGAUGAAAUAUAUGAAGAAUGAACUCGACGAUCUUUCAAAGACGGCGAAAGACUUCGAAGCCAGGGUUGGGCUCGCAGAGGAUUUGGAAAACAUCUCGCCUGGUAAAGGCGACUAUGUUGACAUUAGAGAAGACGCCAGAAACAUUGAAGCUGCUGUCAACAAAGGAAGGCAAAGAACAGCUCACAAACCAAAUUCUAAGCCCAAGUUUGAUGCCAUGUUGGAUCUAAAAGAAGAGAACGAGGAGAAUGAAGAAGAGGCUGAAGAUGGAGGGAGCAGAAAGUGCACCAUCACUGAGGAGGAGUUGUGGGCUAAAUUGGAUGAACUCGAGAAACUGGAGCAGCUAGAAGAUGAGCAGGACAGAUUAUGUGAUAGCGCAGACAUGAAUGGUGAGGACACGUCAUCCUUAUCCUCAGAAGAGGAGAAGGAUGGAGAUGCUGCACCAUCGGUAAACGGACUGAGUCUGAAGCCGAGUCGGACCUCCGCGCCUCACAGUAAAGCGCCGCCGUUCACCGACAGGAAACCGGAAGGAGACGAUGAUGAGGAAGAGGAAGGCAACCGUUUGCCUACCAUCUUUUUCUCUCAUGCAAUGGAACCCAAGAAGGUGAGGAUAAACACAGGAAAAAACACCAUGUUGAAGUUCAGUGAAAGGAAAGAACAGAAGGAACACUCGAAGAGGAAAAAGAAAAACGGACACUCCCAUCACGAACUUCACAAAAUCACAACACCGGUGGACAUUUACAGGUUGUUUGUGGAUGUGAAGAACGGGGAACCCAUCCCCAGGAAGUCCAUCCUGAAGUCUCGUAGCCGAGAGAACAGCGUGUGCAGCGACACGAGCGAGAGCAGCGCGGCGGACUUCGAAGAGCGCCGGAUGGUUGGACGCAGCUUCAGCCACGAUGAGGCGACGCACAGCGACACCAGCGACGGCAUCACGGAGGAGGACAGUCCCACGGCGGUCCCACUGCACCACGCCAGUCGAUUUGAGGCCUUUUCAGGUACAGUGGUAGAAAAGGACCCGAUGCCUUCAGCUGUCCCCCAUCUGACCAUCGCUCCACCAGCUCUGCCGACCAUACUGGAGAGGAAACAGGAGGAGGUGGCACCAGACAUCGCCCCGCCCCAGGAAGCCCCAAAGAGGGUGUCGAAGUUUAAAGCUGCCAGGUUGCAGCAGAAGUGACGGUUAGCGAGCAAAUAUCCAUACUUCACAAUAACUUUGUUGUUUAAAAAAAUAAAAACCUUUUGUUUCUUUUUUCUACAACUGAUGCACUGCACAAACCAUCCUCUCCUCUUUCUUUCACUUAGACCCAUACUGGGUUUCUUUCCUUGCGUAUGAGAAAAUGUUGCAGCGUCUUGUGUGUAACGCUGCUUUUUAACAAACACUAGUAAAUACUCUCUUUGCUCUCUCUCUUGCUUAUCCACUCCUAAAGUAUAAAGGGCACUUAAUAAUUUGUCUUAAUUUUACCCGUCUUCUGCUUUUCUGUUGAUCAAUGCAUUUGCCAGUUUAGGUAAGACUCCAGGCCACACUUAGAAUCAGUUGUCUUGUUUUUUUUUCCUUUUUCCAAGUAUUGAUUAUUAAACAGAAUAGGGUGCAAGCUAGCUCUCAUUUGACUUUCUCUCGACCUGCCUAAUGAAUGUAUGUAUUCCUUUGUGGUGAGCUUUAUGUAAAGACAAAAAAAGAAUAUUGAUGAAAACUAAAAGGAAAAUAAAUGAUUUUGGCUACAAGUCGUGUU